CCCGGGGCGGGCCCCGAGGGUGCACCGCUCCGCUCCCCGGCCUGACAGGAAGGAAAGAGAAAUGCGUCAGUUGUUCCAACGUGAAGAAAAGUUGACUUCCUUCUCUCCAGGACGGGCGCCCCUGUCUCUUCUCUCGAAGCAGAUGCCAAGAGACUCCGAGCCUCGGGGAAGUAAGAUCUGCAAUUCCAUCUGUUCAUCCAGAAACCGGGGGCCGAAGAGGAUCAAGACUUUGCACCCAUCACACAGGGAUUUCCAGCCAGUCUGGGCUAGAGCCCAGAGUCCUUGUUGCCCGGUCAUUUUGCCACCUUCUGGAUGGGAAGCCUUCGGAGGGCAGGCGCUGGCAUCCAGCGGCCUGGGCUUUUAAUGACCAUUACUCCUGACCGGAAGGCACUGGAGGGGAAGAGUAGCUUCUGAAUGUCCUCGAUUCUCUUCUAACUGCCAGUUCUGAGUUCCCUCAGAUUGGGGCUCACUUCUGCUUUUGCAGAAAUUAUCUGCUUGGAGCCGUGCCUGAUUUAUAGCAAUCUCUGGCAAGACCUCAAACCAGAGAUAUGCUUUUGGCUUAGACGGACACCGCAGGCAGCGGCAGGGCUCCGUGGAAAGGCUCCCCGGGGGGCAUGAGGCUCUGGGAGCCCUCGAGUCGAGCUGGGGGGCGGCCUCUUGGGGCUUUCUUCUCCCAAGGAGUGUGACGCAGUCAAAAAGGAAAAAAAAAAAAAAAAAAAGGCCAAACAGCUGCUGAUGAAAUAGGAGAAGGCGCACUUUGAAGCACGUGGGGCUGUUCCAGGGCACUCUGAGCUCACACACAGCCCAGGGGCGCUCGGUCAUGGAGUGACCCUAGGCUCAGGUCUUCGCACCAGAGAAGGCAUGGCCGGGGAAGUCAGCCUGAAUUUCCUCCAGGAGCUGGAACGCGAGGUCAUCCUCCAGGUCCUGUACCGAGACCAGGCGGUCCAGAGCCUCGAGGAGGAGAGGAUCCGGAAACUGAAGACGCACUUGCAGCACCUCCGGUGGAAAGGAACACAGGGCGUGAGCCAGGAGCACAGAGAGAAGUCAUGCGCCCGCUGUCAGAGCGAGCUGGGGUUUCUGCUGAACCGGGGGGCCGUGUGCAAGGGCUGCAGCCACCGCGUGUGCUCGGAGUGCCGAGUAUUCCUGAGGAAGACCAGCGCCUGGAAGUGCACCGUGUGCUUUGAGGACAGAAAUGUGAAAAUAAAAACUGGAGAAUGGUUCUUUGAGGAGCGAGCCAAGAAAUUUCCAACUGAAAGCAAACACGGGACAGCCGGAGCAAAGCUCUUACAAUCUUAUCAGGAGCUGAGCAAGAUUUCUGUGGUUCCUCCGACCCCACCUCCUCUGAGCGAAAGCCAGUGCAGUAGCAGCUCUCAGAGGUUACAGGAACUUGGUCAGUUUAAAGGAUUUAAUAAAUCCGUGGAAAAUUUGUUUCUGUCUGUUACCACCCACAUGAAAAAGCUUUCCAAGUCCCAGAAUGACAUGACCUCUGACAAGCAACUCCUGGCCACGGGUCCCAGGCAGUGUGCUAGCCGAACGGAGAGGAGGAGCCUGUCUGACACUGCCAUCAACGUCACCACCAGGAAGGCGAGCGCGCCGGAUAUUCUUAAACCUCUCAACCAAGAGAGUCCCAAACACCUUCCUAAUCCUGUUCCGAAGCCGGAGAAUCUCUCAUCCAGGCCGACGCCCAGCGCUUUAUUCUCUGGAGGCUUGAGACACGCAAGUCUAACUAGCAUUAACAGCGCUUGCACGGAGAUGGGCAAUUUUGACAAUGCUAGUGUCACUGGAGAAAUAGAGUUUGCCAUUCGCUAUUGCUUCAAAACUUGUUCUUUAGAAAUAUGCAUCAAGGCCUGUAAGAAUCUUGCCUAUGGAGAGGAAAAGAAGAAAAAGUGCAAUCCGUACGUCAAGACCUAUCUGCUGCCUGACAGAUCCUCCCAAGGAAAGCGUAAGACUGGAGUCCAGAAGAACACGGUGGACCCAACCUUCCAGGAGACCUUGAAGUACCAGGUGGAGCCCCGGCAGCUGGCGACCCGGAGGCUGCAGGUCUCUGUGUGGCACUUGGGCACACUCGCCCGGAGGGUGUUUCUUGGAGAGGUGACCAUCCCUCUGGCCACAUGGGACUUCAAAGACAGCGCAACACAGUGUUUCUGCUGGUAUCCACUGAGGGCCCAGGCAGAGAAACUCGAAGACAGCUUUCUUCCCAAUAAUGGAGAACUUGCAGUCCGGGCCAAACUGGUCUUCCCUACGGGGCCCAGAAAGCUCCAGGAGACCCAAGAAGGGACAGAUGGGCCAUCCCCUAACGGUCAGCUUUGUUUGGUCGUGCUGGGAGCCAAGAAUUUGCCGGUGCGGUCAGAUGGCACCCUAAACUCAUUUGUUAAGGGCUGUCUCACUCUGCCAGACCAACAGAAACUGAAACUGAAGUCCCCAGUCGCAAAGAAGCAAGCUUGUCCCCAGUGGAAGCACUCCUUCGUGUUCAAUGGUGUGAGCCCUUCCCAGCUGAGACAGUCAAGCCUGGAAUUAACCGUCUGGGACCAGGCCGUCUUUGGUGUGAACGACCGCUUGCUGGGAGAAGCCAGGCUCAGUUCUGAGGAAGACGUAGCCGGUGAGGACUCAUGCUCACAGUCAGCGCAUCAGUGGCAGAAAGUUCUGGAAAGCCCCAAUCUGUGGACAGACAUGACACUCACCCUGCACUGAAGCCAGGGUUCCAGUCUGUGGUGAGAAGUUCAAGGGCCACGGGCCUGAAGGUUAGCUGAGGACGUGGGCCUGGACACUUGCUGCCUGCAGCUCUGUCACGGAGCCCAAACGUUCUUCCAUGUCCCUCUGUAUUUAGAGCAAACAGAGCACUUGUUCUAUAAAUAUGUCUCCGUUUGUUUUUCUGUGCUUUGACACACGUGGAAAAGGGCCAGAUUUCAAUAAAUGUUCGUUAUCUCGGUCCCCCAGUUCGUAUCAAACUGAAAAUUACGGCCUUGUUAUAUGCACUGGAAGGAGAACUAGAGGAGCCUGGCGGGUAUAUCUGGUCCCUCCUGUUCCACACUGUGGAGGGACUCCAUUCAAGGUGGUCAGCGCCUAGGUCCAGGGAGAGCCCGCAGGAGGGCCCCCCCCCCCACCUCGCCCCAACACGCACAAGGACACACCCACUGCCACCUCUUGCCUUGCACAGCUUUUAUUUCUCUAGUCGGUGGUGCGGGGCUCAUCUGCGCACGGCUCUUAGCUGAAAAGGAAAAGGACAGCCGAGCAUGAAAGGAGCCAGUGGCAAGAGCGCUCUGACAUUCUGACAGGUUUUCAAGGAUGUGGCAGAGAACUGGCGAGGUGAGAACAGGUUCUUCUUGUGGUAACAGGGACAAUACCAGGUGGGAAGAGUCCCUUCCUAGCUGGAGUCUGGAUGAGCCAAACAGCAUGUGUCUCUUUUGCAAACAAGCUCGGAUAGAAAACCGACAUGUGCACAGUUACAAGCACAAGGAACAAAGUAAGAAAAAACAAUCAUUUUUACAGAUGUGAUUACAGCAGUUAUCUACCUCCUUCCUGCCCUCACGUCAGAUCAAGUGCCAUGGUUACAUGGUUUUUAAUACGUAAUUCUUUUAUUCUGUAAAAGAUAACAAAAUAUACAGAAUGAAACUUUCCCUUUUUUAAACUAAUGUUACAAACCCAUAUUGUCACUCAUAUAUAAAUACUAUUCUCUACAGCUGAUCAUUAAUUAGGUGUGAGUCCAACAAGUAGCCCUCUGUAAAGCAAAAACAAAACCCAAGUUUCUCCAAGGCUGGAGUGUCCUCCCUGUACUAUCAUCCCAAACUGAAGGAGCAAAGAAAAAUCACUGUGUGCAUGUGUGUGUGAAUGCUUUAGAUGGUUUUCAAAAUAAUUUCCACCUCUCAAAACAAAAAUAUACAAUGAUGGAUCCUUCAUGUAAAUUAAAAAAUCAAUCUGAGCUCAUUUUAAAUGCAGAAGACGGUAUGGCACGGACUCUAAGCCACCACGUGGUUUUAAUUACACCGAACCUUGUCUCACACACCACAGCAGGGAGUUUGUUACUCACACUUUACAGGCAUCUUUCCUUAAUUCAGUCAGUCCCGCUGCAAACACGGAACAGGAAGUGAUUCAACAACAGCGGUAAUAGAAUCAGGCCUGUUUGGCACUAUGAUACAACGGGGAAAAAUAAACCAGGGAAGUGUCCACUGACCCCAGCCUUAGAAUAUUCCCACUGAAGUAACUACUCUCUUUUUAAAGGAACUGGAAUACGAUGAGGGGACGGGGGGGUCCUAGAUUCAAAGCACUAC